GAAAGCUUUUGAUUGUAAUAAAAUCAACAAACCCGUCGGCUCUACAAAAUCCUCAAAACCUUUUGCUAAGUUCCAAAUUCCAUGACAGCUUUUUCUCUCCAAAAAGAAUAAAAAUUAUCUUGAGUUGAGUCCAAUACUUGAAUCUUGAAACAAGGUUUAUGUUCUUUUGAGCUCUCAACAACUAUUUGAAAAUGGCCGAUGGAUACGAGAACCAAGCUCCUGAAAAGCUCCAGGGAGGGUUUCAAGCAAAGGUCAUAUGUUGUAUUCUUGGAAUCGGAGGACUCGCUUCUUGGAACAGUCUGCUCACUAUCGCAGACUACUACUACAAAGUUUUUCCGGAUUAUCAUCCGUCAAGGGUACUAGUACUUGUAUACCAGCCCUUUGCGCUCGGAACAAUUGUGAUUCUUGCAUACCACGAAUCAAAAAUCAAUACCCGGAAACGUAACCUUAUUGGUUACAUUAUUUUCACAGUAUCAACGUUAUUGCUAAUUGUUUUGGAUUUGACUACAAGAGGACGUGGUGGAAUAGGGCCUUAUAUCGGUUUAUGUGCAAUUGUUGCUUCUUUAGGCCUCGCGGAUGCUACCGUUCAAGGAGGAAUGAUCGGUGAUUUAUCUUUGAUGUGCCCUGAACUAAUCCAGUCAUUUAUGGCUGGUCUGGGUGUAGCUGGUGCUCUAACCUCAGCGUUUAGGCUAAUGACCAAAGCUGCCUUUGAGAACUCAAAUGAUGGUUUACGGAAAGGAGCAAUGAUAUUCUUAGCAAUCUCAGCAUUCAUACAGUUUCUAUGCGUUAUGCUUUACGCAUAUGUGUUCCCUAAACUCCCCAUUGUUAAGUAUUAUCGAAGUAAAGCCGCAUCUGAAGGAUCCAAAACUGUUACUGCUGAUCUUGCUGCUGCUGGUAUCAAGAAUCAAUCAUAUUUGACUGAUGAUGCUUCCAAUAAUCAAAGACUAAGCAACAAAGAACUCUUAGUUCAAAACAUAGACUAUGCAGUAAACCUAGCCCUCAUCUACGUUUUGUCAUUGUCCAUUUUUCCGGGAUUCUUAUACGAGAACACGGGACACCACGGGCUAGGCUCUUGGUAUGCACUUGUCCUAGUAGCGAUGUACAAUUGUGGGAACUUGGUUGGGAGGUACACACCUCUGGUGGAAUGGCUCAAGAUUGAGAACAGAAAAUGGCUCACCCUUGCAACUUUGUCACGUUUUUUCCUCAUCCCGGCGUUCUACUUCACUGCGAAGUAUGGUGAACAAGGAUGGAUGAUUAUGCUCGUUACUUUUUUGGGAUUGACAACAGGACAUCUCAAUGUUUGUAUUCUCAUCACUGCUCCUAGAGGCUACAAGGGUCCGGAGAAGAAUGCAUUAGGUAACUUGCUGGUGGUUUUCUUAACAGGAGGAAUAGUUGCAGGAACUUCUUUGGGUUGGCUAUGGCUUAUUGGUAAGAAGAAUGCCUUCUGAUUACUCCUCAUUUCUCAUUCACUAAAACAAAGAAAAUUGUUAUUUGCUUCUAAUCUUGUUAAAUGAUAUUAUCCUUGAAACCAGGGUAUAUUUAAGUACAUUUGCUAUAUAUAUGGGGUGGUAAGGAAAUAAAAAUGCUGAAACAAAUGACAAAAAAACCACAACACAUGGAACUAGAGAUGUGGAAGAUAAUA